AUGCCUAAAAAUGCAACGUACCAUCCCAUCAUCUCAGCACUUUUCUUUUUUGGAAUGCCUGUGAUGAAGGUGGUCAAUCGUGCUACCUAUGUCUGCAUCGAAAAUGGUGUUUUCGGAGCCUUUACGUUACUUGAGACCACCAUUGAUCAGUUAACAUCGAAAAUGCAGCCCAAAGAAUCGCAGGCACAAACUCCUCCACGGAUUCGUUCAAUCAGUAGAUGUAGUUAUUGCUCGCAUCUCAACUUUGAGAAUGAAGUGGAAGAGAACAAAGCGACCGAGCUUCUUAAUAAUCUCACCAUACGUUCGUUGGGAGCAUUUGCUCGGGCAAACGCUGACGUUUACGGCGGUGAUUUUGGACGGGUUAAUCUGCGCAAAGGUGAUCUUGUGCAGUCAAAAAGCAGCGUUAACCAGGGACCUGCGUAG